AUGGUUGAAGCUAUGUCUUGGCAUCAUAAUGAACGUGUUAAAGAUGGGUCGUUAAGGCAUCCUGCUGAUGGUGAAUCUUGGAAAGCAUUUGACAGUCGACAUGAAGAUUUUUCAAAGGAGCCUCAUAAUGUGAGACUUGGCUUAGCAAUCGACGGAUUCAAUCUGUUUCAAACUUUGAGUAGUACACAUAGUACAUGGCCUAUUGUUCUGAUGGGAAAUAAUAUUGAUGUCUUUCUUCAACCACUAAUUGAAGAAUUAAAAGAAUUGUGGGAGUUAGGUGUCGAAACAUAUGAUUCCAAAGAGAACAAAACAUUCAACAUGAGAGCAUGUCUUUUAUGGAUAAUUAACAACUUCCCUACGUAUGCUAUGUUAUCUGGGUGGAGUACAAAGGGAAAAUUGGCUUGUCCAUGUUGUAAUGAUGAGACUUCUUCUAUAUAUCUGAAACAUAGCCACAAGACUAUUUAUAUGGAUCAUCGAAUGUUUUUACCCAUGAACCAUCCAUGGAGACAUAAUAAAAGAUCUUUCAAUGGGAAAACUGAACUUAGGGCUCCACCGCAGUUGUUAGACAGAACAACUGUAUUUUAUAUAUUGCAAGGGAUAGAUAAUUCUUUUGGGAAGAAGCAAAGGAGAUCAAAGAAUGGCAUUUUAAAUUGGAAAAAAUGGUCAGUCUUUUUUGAUUUACCAUAUUGGAAGUUCAACAUGUUUAGACACAACCUUAAUGUCAUGCACAUAGAGAAGAAUAUAGUUGAUAGCAUAAUUGGAACGCUUUUGGAUAUUUUUGGAAAGACAAAAGAUCAUGCAGCUGCGCGUUUUGACCUUAAAGACAUGGGUAUCAGGAAAAACCUUCAACCAAGAUAUAUGAGUGAUGGUAAAAGAACUAAGUUAGCAAAGUGUGUUAAAAAAGGGGCAAAAUUACCAGACGGCAGCGCUUCCAAUAUCGCUCGAUGUGUGCAGCAAACAGAAAAGAAGAUUUCUUGUUACAAGACCCAUGAUGCUCAUUUCAUGUUACAUUACUUGUUGCAAGUACCGAUCAAGAGCAUACUCCCUGACCAUGUUGCCAUGGCUUUAGUUCGAUUAUGUUCAUUUUUUCGCCGGAUAUGUCAGAAGGUAAUUAGCAUGGAUGAGGUAGUUAACUUAGAAGCUGAGAUUGUUAAGACAUUAUGCCGAUUGGAGAGGAUUUUUCCUCCAAGCUUUUUUGACAUAAUGGUGCACUUGCUUAUCCAUUUGGCAAUUGAAUUGAGGUUAGGUGGUCCAGUUCAAUAUCGUUGGAUGUACCCUGUUGAACGACAUAUGUGCACACUAAAAUCGUACGUUCGUAACAGAAGUCAUCCAGAAGGAUCUAUUGCUGAAGGAUAUUUGGCGAAUGAGUGUAUUAAUUUUUACUCAAGAUAUUUGAAUGAAGAUGUCCAGACAAGAUUAAACAGAGUCCCUCGAAACAAUGAUGAGCUGUGA